UUUCCUUUUACCUUUCAGCUAAAAAAGAGGAGGAAACUGUGUACGACGAAGUGAAGAUGAAAAACGAAACAACCGAACAGACUGCCGACACCGACGAUGAGAAAGAAAACAACAAGCAGUGUCACUAUCAGAAGUUGGCUUGUUGUUUUGGGAUUCUUUGUGUCAUUCUGCUGGCCGGCCUCGUAGCAGUCUUUGUCGUCCUAGGUCUGAAUGCAACAUUAAGUGGUGAAAGAAACCAAACGACUCUGCUGGCUGAAAUUCAGAACCUGACAAACCAAAGAAACAAACUCAGCGUAGACAAUAACAACUUGACAAUGGAACGCAACAAUCUGACGGUCGAGUUGAGCAACCUGACAAAAGAAAAUAUUGUCUUAGAUAGCAAUAUCACAAACCUGACAACACGGAACCAGGAUCUGGAGAACCAGAAGAACAACUUGACACAACGAAUACAAGACAUGGAGACGAACUGGAAUGAGCAGAACAUCAGCAGAGCUCAGUGGAGCAUCUAUACCUACUGCAUUGAUAAUGACGCGAAACAGUGUAACUCUUGUAGGAAGGGCUGGUUACUCAACCAGACCAGCUGCUAUGCGGUUGUUAACCCUGACGAUCGUGGUCAGAAAACCUGGGAAGAAGCUCGAGAAGACUGCAGAGGAAAAAAUGCAGAUUUGUCUGUUGUACUUACUGAAAAUGAAAAGGUAACGAGAGAACUGUGUUUAUGACAAUUAUUACAUUGA